CUCGUUGGAUUUCAACAGAGAGAAAAGGGAAAGGGGAGGGAGGUUUCGGGGAAUAGAGAUGUGGGAAUCGAUCUGCUUGACGCUGGCGGCAACUGCCGGUAACAACAUCGGAAAAGUUUUGCAGAAGAAAGGCACCGUAAUCCUGCCUCCUCUCUCCUUCAAGCUAAAGGUGAUCAGGGCUUAUGCUGUUAAUAAAAUUUGGGUGAUAGGGUUCCUGAUGGAUAUUUUUGGAGCCAUGUUGAUGUUGAGGGCACUAUCCCAAGCUCCUGUAUCUGUUAUCCAACCAGUUUCUGGCUGUGGACUUGCAAUUCUUUCUGUAUUUUCCCAUUUUUAUCUUAAGGAGGUCAUGAAUGCAGUUGACUGGAUGGCAAUUACUUUGGCUGGUAUUGGCACCAUAGGAGUUGGUGCUGGUGGAGAGGAGCAAGAAGCAUCUUCUAUAUCCAUUUUCCAGUUACUGUGGCUAGCAUUGCUUGUUGCCAUCUUGUUUGUACUCCUAAAUGGGUGGCUUCAUAUCUUCAAACGGCAGCGAAGAGAACAGGAGAUGGUAGAAUAUGAAGUUGUUGAAGAAAUUAUAUAUGGCUUGGAAUCUGGCAUUUUGUUUGGGAUGGCAGCUGUAGUAUCGAAGAUGGGAUUUAUCUUUGUUGAGCAGGGCUUCUCCAAGAUGUUAAUUCCAAUAUUCAUCUCCUUCAGUGUAUGUUGUAGUGGAACGGGAUUUUACUACCAGACUCGAGGACUAAAACAUGGGAGGGCAAUUGUUGUAUCUACAUGUGCCGCUGUAGCAUCAAUUAUAACUGGUGUGCUUGCUGGUAUGCUUGCUUUAGGUGAAAAGUUGCCUUCAUCACCAUUGGCACGAUUUUCCCUGCUGCUUGGAUGGCUACUUAUCAUGUUCGGCGUGGUUUUACUUGUGAGUUCAUCCCGGCUGGUCCGCCACCUUUCACGUUCACUGCGAUAUUUUAGGAGUGGUGUUGGUCGAGGGUUGAGCAGCAGACUAUCAGUCUCUGCCAGACCGAAGGAUACAGAUGCAAGCGCGGUUAUUCAAGCAGCAACGUUGCAUCAUUUGUUAUCAUCUCCCUCCAAGGAGAAAGCUUGAGGAUAAGUUUUUGGAGAAGCUGCCCAUACUUAGUCCUUUCUUUUUUUUCGUUUACAUUCAUUUAGAUUCUUUCUAUUACUACACUGAUAAUGUUGUUGUGUAUGUUAUUUUUCAAAUCCUUGCAUCAAUUAUCAUAGCCUUAGUUUAA